UUGAGUUGCUUAGUAAACUCCCCAGGCCUCCCUGCCACCUCUCUCCCCGCGCUCCCUCAGCCCAGGUGACUACACGGGGGAGGUGAAAUCGCUGCACUCCUCCCAAAGUUUGUAAAGUCUUUCCAGCUCCCCCUCCCCGAUGGGAGGAGAGAGCAGGAGAGGGAGGAAAGGAAGCUGUCAGGCAGCAGCACAGACACUUACCGGGGCACAGCUCUCCCCACUCCAUGUCCUUGGAAUGUUCUCGCAACAGAAGAAGGAGCCGUAUAAGAGAGCGAGAGGUGAUGAUGGUGUUUUGGACGGGAUAAUCAGACCAGGUUUACAAGGGAGCCCUGAAAAGAAGAAAAGAAAGUCUAGCCUACAGGCACCCGUGACUCCACUUAUUUCAGAAUAUGCUCCACCAGCCAACACAAGCUCAGAUCAUCUGAUAGCUUCCAAUCCCUUUGAUGAUGACUACAAUAUUUCAUCUCCUGCGGCUUACCACUUUUUUAGUAAUCCUGGAUAUGUUGGGUUUGAGGAUUAUGGUCAUUUUGGGAUACCACAAAACACAUCACCUAGAUCAUCCACACGAUUUUGUACUCCGUAUGCUUUCAGAGAUCAUGUACGUCAUUUUUCUCAGGAUGGCAUGGCUAUGGCAUUUGGAAGACCUUCCUCUUUCAGUAUGGGAAUACAGGAAAAUUCAAAGUUUGAAAACCAAUUGUUUUUUAGCGCGGGAGUUGGUCAGACUAUCACACUGCCAGGUCAGCACUUUAGAUGUAAUCGCAAUGAGAACCUUAACCCCAUGACCACAUAUAGCUCUUUUCAGUCAAACUCUAGUAGAGACCCUGGUCACACUUUGAAUAAUAAUCAGCAGCUGGAAACAUGCCAUACUUUUCCUCAGUCACAAAGUCACCUUAUACACCUAAAGACCACAGUAUCAGGCCGGAAUUCUAACAUAACCUCUGCUCCUCAAAACAGUAAACAAGAUUUUGAAUCAGUCAUACAUUCUGGUCCCUCUAAAAGUCAUAAUAGCCAUGUGAUUUGUACAGAGAAUCCCCAUUCUGAUUGUGCUGAUGUUGUAAAUGGUGGUCAGACUACUGGAAACCAAGGCAGGCUUCAUGUACCAAAGUCAUCCAAAGCCAAUAUAACCACCAAUGAGAAAUGCAACAGAUGGCUUCUUCGUUCUUCUAGGUGUGGCCAUUUGCCCUCAGAGUUCUUAUACUCCUGUGGAAUUUGUUCUGUAGAAGUGAGUAACCUUCAAGAUGCCAUCAUGUGUGAAUUGUCUUGUCAGAAAUGGUUUCACCGAAGCUGCACUGGUAUGACUGAGAUUGCUUAUGCUCUUCUUACUGCAGAAACCUCAGCAAUUUGGGGUUGUGACUCCUGUAUGGCAAAGAAGGAUGUACAGUUAGUGCAUAUCAGGAAAUCCAUUGAAUAGCUUCUGAAAAAGCUUUGUUUUUUUUUUUUUGGCGAAUGUAUAAAAUAAGAUAGGUUAGAAGCAAUGUUAACUAAAUUAUUUCACUUGAUCCUCAUUUGCUUAUUGUGGGAUAUUUAUAAAUGGAAAAUGUACUGUA